AUGACGAUGGCAGGUGCUGCAAAAGAAAUGUUUCAGGCAAAGCCGGAGCACACCGAAGAAGUGAGCCGUUUUGUGAAUGACGACUUGUUGGCACAAUGCCAGCAUGCUCCAGACAGACUCAUUCCACUUGGAACACUGCCAAUGAACGAUGUUCCUCGAGCAAUUCAGGUUGGCUAA